AUGGCAACAUUAUAUGGCUUUACCGUUGAAAAAGUGAAGGCAUAUCUUUCUCUUCACCCCAAGGUAUUAGAUGAAUUUGUAUCUGAAAGUGUUAGUGCAGAGAGAGUGGAGAAAUGGCUGAAGAGGGAGAACAACAAAUCAGAAGAUGAAUCAGCUCCUAAGGAAGUCAGCAGGUACCAAGAUACGAAUAUGCAGGCAGUUGUAUAUGAACUGAACAGCUACAUAGAACAACGGUUGGACACAGGAGGAAACAACCAGCUACUCCUCUAUGAACUGAGCAACAUCAUAAAAGUAGCCACAAAAGCUGAUGGAUUUGUACUGUACUUCCUUGGAGACUGCAAUAAUAGCCUGUGCAUAUUCACACCACCUGGGAUAAAGGAAGGAAAACCCCGCCUCAUCCCUGCUGAGCCCAUCACCCAGGGCACCACCAUCUCUGCUUAUGUGGCCAAGUCCAGGAAAACACUGCUAGUAGAAGACAUCCUUGGGGAUGAACGAUUUCCGCGGCGUACUGGACUGGAAUCAGGGACUCGCAUCCAGUCUGUUCUUUGCUUACCAACUGUCACUGCAUUUGGUGACUUGAUUGGUAUUCUUGAGUUGUGUUGGCACUGUGGCAAAGAAGCCUUCUGUCUUAGUCACCAAGAGGUUGCAACAGCAAAUCUUGCCUGGGCUUCAGUAGCAAAACAUCAGGUACAGGUAUGCAGAGGCCUUGCCAAACAGACUGAGUUGAAUGACUUUCUACUGGAUGUAUCAAAAACAUAUUUUGAUAACAUAGUUGCAAUAGAUUCUCUACUUGAAGGCAUACUGAUAUGUGCAAAAAACCUGGCGAAUGUCGAUCGUUGUGCACUUUUCCAGGUAGACCACUCAGAUCUUUUUGAUAUUGGAGAGGAAAAGGAAGGAAAAUCUGUCUUCAGGAAGACCAAAGAGAUAAGAUUUUCAAUAGAGAAAGGAAUUGCUGGCCACAUAGCAAGAACAGGGGAAGUCCUGAACAUUCCAGAUGCCUAUGCAGACCCACGCUUUAACAGAGAAGUAGAAUUAUACACAGGCUACACCACGUAGAACAUCCUGUGCAUGCCUAUCGUCAGCCAAGGAAGCGUGAUAGGUGGUGUGCAAAUGGUCAACAAAAUAAGUGGUAGUGCCUUCUCUAAAACAGAUGAAAACAACUUUAAAAUGUUUGCCAUCUAUUUUGCUUUAGCCUUACACUGUGCUAAUAUGUAUCAUAGAAUUCGUCACUCAGAGUGCAUUUACCAGGUAACGAUGGAAAAGCUGUCCUACCAUAGCGUUUGUACUGCAGAAGAGUGGCAAGGCCUCAUGUGAUUCACCUUUCCCGUGUGUCUCUGCAAAGAAAUUGAAUUAUUCCACUUUGACAUUGGUCCUUUCAAAAACAUGUGCCCUGGAAUUUUUGUCCAUAUGGUUCAUCGGUCCUAUGGGACAUCCUGCUUUGAGCUUGAAAAGCCAUGUCGUUUUAUUAUGUCUGUGAAGAAGAACUACCGGCAAGUUCCCUAUCACAACUGGAAGCAUGCGGUCGCUGUAGCGCAUUGCAUAUACACCAUACUUCAGAACAACCACAUGCUUUUCACAGACCUUGAGUGCAAAGGACUGCUGAUUGCAUGUCUGUGUCAUGACCUGGACCACAGGGGCUUUACUAACAGCUACCUGCAGAAGUUCGACCACCCUCUGGCAGCUCUCUACUCCACCUCCACCAUGGAGCAGCACCACUUCUCCUAGAUGGUGUCCAUCCUCCAGUUGGAAGGGCACAAUAUCUUCUCCACCCUGAGCUCCAGUGAAUAUGAGCAGGUGCUUGAGAUCAUCCACAAAGCCAUCAUUGCCACAGACCUUGCUUUAUACUUUGGAAACAGGAAACAGUUGGAGGAGAUGUACCAGACUGGAUCACUAAACCUUAAUAAUCAAUCACAUAGAGACUGUGUAAUUGGUUUGAUGAUGACUGCCUGUGAUCUUUCUUCUGUGACAAAACUGUGGCCUGUUACAAAAUUGAUGGCAAAAGAUAUAUAUGUAGAAUUCUGGGCUGAGGGUGAUGAAAUGAAGAAAUUGGGAAUACAGCCUAUUCCUACGAUGGACAGAGACAAGAAGGAUGAAGUCCUACAAGGCCAGCUUGAGUUCUACAAUGCUGUAGCCAUUCCCUGCUAUACAACCCUUACCCAGAUCCUCCCUCCCACGGAGCCUCUCCUUAAAGCAUGCAGGGAUAAUCUCAGUCAGUGGGAGAAGGUGAUUCGAGGGGAGGAGACUGCAACUUGGAUUUCAUCCCCCUCCGUGGCUCAGAAGGCAGCUGCAUGUGAAGACUGAGCCCUGAUCACCCAACACAGUGUCCCACCUACAGAUCCUCAUCUUGCUUCUUUGACAUUUUUUCCUUUUUCUGGG